AUGUCAAAUCCUGUUGUUAUUUCAGAGGUUUAUCUACCUAGUGACGGGGAAAUGGGGAGGCUUGGUUUGGGUCUAAUGCGCGUGCAGACACCAGACGAACUCACAGAGUAUCUUUCCCGCGCGCAAUAG